AAAGCUUGUGGGCUCAAAUUAAUAAAAUUUAUUAAUUCUAAUUAAAAAAAGUAGUUUGAUUUAUAGAGAAUGGAUACAAUUUAAUAAAGCGAAUAAGGAAAUAUACAAAUAUCUUAAGAAGGCCAAAGUGAAUAGAAAGCUAACUAAGAUAUUAAAAAAGAUGAAGAGCAAAAAAGCGAGUCAUUAGAAAGUGAAGACUUAGAUAAAUUUUCUAAGGAAGAAAUCAUUAAAAAAUAUUUGUUCAUAAAAAAGGAAAAUUAAGUUUUAAGAAAAUAAUUAAACCAUAACAACGACACAAAAGCCCCUAUUCCUAAUAAUAGCUCUUAAAAUGAGACUAAAAAGUAAAAGAAAGAGCAAAAAUAGAAUAACAAAAAGGAAAGCCUAUUCGAAAUCUACCAAUAACAGCAUUAUGCCUUAAAAAUGUCUUAUGUUGGAAUCAAUUAUCAAGGCUUAGCAUAUUAGUAAGAAACUGACAACACUGUAGAAGAAUAGCUCUUCAAGGCACUUGAAAAGACAACACUGAUAAAAAAUAGAGAUAAUUGCAAUUUCACACGUUCAGGAAGAACUGACAAAGGAGUUAGUGCUUUAGGAUAAGUUAUUGGUAUCACUCUUAGAACUUCAAUAAAAAUAGGUGAAAAUAUUGAUGAAAUAGAAAAUAAAUUAGAUUACAUUAAGAUGCUUAAUAGUAAUCUUCCAGACGACAUAAGGAUUUUAGGUUGUUCUAAAGUUGAUCCUGCUUUUAAUGCAAGAUUUGAUUGUUAAAAGAGAAUUUAUAAGUAUUACUUUUUUGAGAAUUAGAUGGAUAUUUAAAGAAUGAAGGAAGCAGCUAACCUCUUUUUGGGAGAACACGAUUUUAGAAAUUUCUGCAAAAUAGAUGUUUUGCAAACACUUAACUAUGUUAGAAUUAUUUAUUAACUUGAUAUAGAAGAAGUUUAGGCUAAUUUUGGUACUCUUGACCCUCGUUCUAAAUUAUAUGUAGCAACUAUUCAAGGAAGUGCUUUCCUUUGGCAUUAAAUCAGAAACAUGAUGGCUAUACUUUUUCUAGUAGGCAGAAAAUAAGAAGAACCUUCAAUAGUUACAGAGCUUCUUGAUAUUUAAAAGAAUCCAUCUAAACCUAAUUAUGAGAUGGCUCCUGAUUAUCCUCUAGUAUUAUUUGAUUGCUUGUACAAUAAUGUUAGUUUUAACUACAGUAGCGAUUAGAUAAAGAUUUAUGAACAUUAUUUGCAGAUAAUCUAAAAAAAGUGUAUCGAAAAUUAGCUUUAUAUUACAACUCUCAAUUAUAUGGCAUAAACUGCUUAGCAAUUUAACAAUUAUAAUCUUAUUUAAAAUUCAUUGAUUUCAGAAGAAGCUACUCUUCGUAAUAAGAAAUACUAGCAUCUUUCAAAAAGAUAAUGUGCUUAAUCAUCAGAAGACACUUUAAAAAAUUUAAAAGGCAGAAAAUUAGAUAAGUUUUUAAUUAAGCAAGAAAAAUAGAUAAAUUAUUAAUAGUAGCGCGAAGCAGAAAAGAAUUUAUCAUAAACAUAAGAUUAAACCUCUGAAGGAAACGAUACUUAAGAAUGA